GGGUGCGCGCCUGCGGGAGCAGAAUUUCGGGGCUACCAGGAGGUGGGGCAGCCCAGCCGGACCCCGAGAGCGUGUUCCGCUGCCCAGCCGGCGACUUCCCUACCACCCCGCUCCCUCGACUUUCCGGAAUCCGAGUUUGUAGGCCCUUUAAAGGAUCCCAGUUGCCCUUCGCCCGGUCCUGAGGAACGGAAGUGGGGGUUCUGGACUCCGGUCCCAGACGGUGGGGAAUCGGGAUGGCUUCCGUGCGGAUCCGAGAGGCCAAGGAGGGAGACUGUGGAAGUAUCCUGAGGCUGAUUCGGGAGCUAGCUGAAUACGAGAAACUCUCGGAUCAGGUGAAGAUCACUGAAGAAGCCCUGAGAGCAGAUGGCUUUGGAGAGAAUCCUUUCUAUCACUGUUUGGUAGCAGAAAUUCUUCCCGCCCCCGGGCAGCCACAGGGGCCCUGUGUGGUGGGCUAUGGACUAUAUUAUUUCAUCUACAGCACGUGGACGGGACGCAACGUUUAUCUGGAAGACAUCUAUGUGAAGCCGGAGUAUCGGGGUCAGGGGAUUGGUUCCAAAAUCAUCAGAAAGGUGGCCGAGGUGGCCCUGGAUAAGGGCUGCUCCCAGUUCCGCUUGGCAGUCCUGGACUGGAACAAGAGGGCCAUGGACUUGUACAAGGCCCUAGGAGCCCAAGAUCUGACUGAAGCUGAGGGCUGGCACUCCUUUCGCUUUGAAAGGGAGGCCAUGAGGGAGUUGGCAGGAAAGUGACGCCAUUCCUUGGGGAUCUUUCUCUAUUUGAGCUUCUCCUUCCCCACCAGCUCAAGCACUCCUCAGAGAUUGUUUCCACUGACCAAGGCCUCCCUGAAGAAAGGAGGGUUGGGGUGAAUAUUGCCGAAGUAAGAAAAAAGCAAAAUUAGAGAGGCCCUUCUACCUCCUUGUUGAGGGUGAAAAAUAAAUGAGAAUCACUAUAUCCUGAUGUGGUGUUGGGUAGAGGAGUUGAUGACACGGUAAGCUGCAGCCACUUUAGGAUCCUUCCUCGGUUUUGUGGUCAGUGGAUGUUGCUUCUAGGGGCAAAGGUGGGCCCAAGAUGACUUUCGCCUUCAUUGGGCCAGAGUCUUGGCUCUGGCCUGUGGAAUAUAGAGAAAAGAAGAGCAAGGGGCCAGCUUGGCCCAUCAGGCUUGUUGGUCACAUUUGGGACCCAGAAAAAGGCCUCCAAUGUCUGCGCUAAGCAUUUAGGAUCCCAAGAAUGAGGCAGGCCCACCGACUCAACAGAUGGAGCAGGCUGCCACCUGGUGGUGGCAUUUCAGGUGCACUGGAAAGGACCACUUGCCCCAACUUUUAAAAAUCAGCUCAGCUAGCCAGUGCUUUUUCUUUCCCAGAAGUCACAAAGCCUUUAUUUUCUGUUCAGCAAAACCAAAGCAGACUUUUAGGAUACAAGGAGACGAGAGGGGAAACAGGUUCAUUUUCCACUUUCAUAAUAUUUUAUUACACAAAUAGCGUGGGUUUGUUCUAGAAAAAUUGGAAUGGACAUAUAAAAUAAAAAUCCGUAGCCUUACUUACAUACCUAACAUUAGCCCUUUAGUAUUGAUUCUUCAGAUGUUUUCAGUGUACAUACAUACACCUAAUUAGUUAAGUUAGUAGGGAUUUAUGGGAUCACGCUCUUUUGCAACCUGUUCUUUCAUUUAACUAUAUAUCAGAAAUCUCUUCCCAGACUAUUAAACAUACAUCUAUCACUUUCA